AUGCUGUCCUGUCUGAGAACCAAACCGGUGGGAAAAAAUGCUGAGGACCAAAAGAUUGAACAAGACAGAAUCAAACCAGAAGACAGAGCUCAGAGGGCCGCGACCAAGAUUCAGGCUCGCUUCCGUGGGUACAUAACAAGGAAAAGGCUCAGAGGAGAGAAGAAGGGCGAUGCCCAAGCUGCUGAGGCCAAAGCCGAGGAGAAGGAGGAGGGAGCCCUCGCUGCCGACGGGGUGGGGACGGAGGAGGCACAAGGCCCGGCUGCCCAAGCUGCCCCGGCCACUGGCCCCGAGGCCGAGGAGCCCGGCAAAGCAGGAGACCCCCCUUCCGAGGAGAAGCAAGCGGAGGGCGCCCCCGAAGGUGCCCCCGAGCAGGCAGCCACCCAGGCUCCUGCCCCCUCGGAGGAGAUGGCCGGCUCCGCUAAAGCGGAGUUGUCCACCCACAACUCGCCGUCCUCCAGGGCCGAAGUCGUGCCCGCUAAGGAGGAGCCACAACCAGCCGAUGUGCCUGCUGCUGUCACUGCUGCUGCUGCCACCACCCCUGCUGCAGAGGACACUGCCCUCGAGGCAACAGCCCAGCCUCCAACGGAGACGGCCGAGAGCAGCUAA